UAUAGGUGCCGAGGGCCGGCUCGAUGAUCGGCUUCGUCACGGGCAGCGAUCCUCCUCCGGACGCUCCAGGUACGCGCUCCUGGCGCCGCUGUGGCGAUCGCGUGGGGGUGAAUGUGGCUGUCUCUUUGGCCUGAAUUGAUCAGAUGGUUCGGCCGAUGAGCCGCUGGGGCUGCCCCAAGAUUUUCUGGAUUCUUCUAGUUCUUGCGCUGCUCGCCAGGAUUUCUACUUGCCAUUCCGCCAGAGGCACGAUUUACAAUCUACACAAAUUCUUUUGCUCGGUCGAUCGAGACGGGGAUGGACAGAUCGAGCGUCAUGAAGCGACUAAGUUUCUUUCCGAACUGGACGCUUCGUCUGAUGUUAAAGAAGAGGCCGGGGGUUCGUCAAGGGAUGCUCCUCCUGUUGGGCCAAACUUUGAGUUUAGCUAUGGAGGAAAAACAAUUUCUUCCGAGGAGAUGAAGGAUCACUUGCAAAAUAUGCUCACAGCUGAUACGGUUGUGAACUGGGUCUCACACGGCUUGCAGCUUCCACAGUAUGCGGAUGCCUUCCAACGAAACGCCAUCAACGGGCUUGACUUCCUUUCGCUCAUUGAGAACGACGGCCGUGCUCUUGCGGAAGAACUUGGAGUGUCGAGCUCGUUGCACCGGAGGAAGAUAACAGGUGCCAUUGUCCGUCUGAUCUUCGGGUUUGGAACCACUCCCGGUGCUCCUCAGGGAAUGCGUUGCCAACCUUCGAGUUGUGGUGGCAUUCAGAUCAACUGGGAGCCUCCGGCGACUGCUGGAUAUCCACCGUUUCAUAAGUAUCGGCUCUAUAGGUGGUCCGGGGCAGCAUCGGCGUGGUUGCCACUGGCCGAUACGAAAGAGACUUCAUUUUUUGACAGCGACGAGUUGUUCCUGGGAAAGGCUUAUUCUUACAGGAUGCAAUCUUGGGGUGGUCAUGGUCCGUCCGAGAGGGUUACUAUCACCAACUGCACAGCGUCACCUCGCUCCGUUACAUUGAAUCCGGUUGCAAAGAAUUCGGACUUCGUUCCUGCGUCACUAGUUCAUGGUGCGAAGGUGGUGAACCUCAAGCAGCAAGAAUCGGUCGAGACGAGCACUACUCCUUGGGGAUGGAUAUGGUCUGUCAAUGGCGGCCUUUUUCUCUUGGGAGUUCUUUCAAGGCAGAGCUUCUUUUUCCGCAUGACGCUGGCCGCAGUGGUUGUGCUGAGAAAGUUCUUCAAGCGUGCGACUUUGACAGUUUAUGCGGCUCGGGACAGUGAAAGCUUUUGGCUGAGAACAUUGGCUCGUGGUUUCGUGUCGCUAUGCCGGGGAUGGCUGUCAGUACAGCGGAAGGUUUUUAUCUUGUCGAAGCAAGCUUGCCCGCAACUAAGGUCGACGGAAUGCAUGGAGGAAAAAGUUCUCAGUCCCAGCGACAGCUUCCGUGACGCUAUAGGAUACUCGACUCCAGACUGCACCAUAGAUGAGAUGCUCGCCGCUAUUCAAAACGCCCAGUUAAACGAGAGCAAGAAGCUGGACAUAGCGAGAACAUUUGUCAGCAUGGCCAGCACCCUCACCAAACUGGGCAAGUCGUCCAGCGCGAUGGAACUGGAUGCUUUAGAGGACAGUGCGGACUCGGGACAAACGGUGGAAGCUCGGUCUCUUUCCUCGCCUGCGAAUCUAAAUGAAAGCGAACGAAGCGCCGGCGGUUCCUUGAGAGAGCUGGAAGCCUCCGCUCUCAAGCAAAGAAGGCGGCACCGUUGCAACUACGAUGGCUGUAAGCAUCGCUUUGAUCGGUGGUACAACCCGACGGACUGGCGAAUGAGAUUUAGCAAGCACUACUGCCGGGAGUGUCAGCGAGUGUUUUGCGUCAAGCACACUCGGAUUUCUCCUCAUGGUCCCGUUGGGAGGUGCGGCCUCGACAGCACUUGCGUCUGCGUGACGUGCUUUGGCCAUCUUUCCAUGGAAGUCCAAGACCGGCUCGAGCGCAUCAACAAGCUCCGUGUUGGUCCUCCAGUCACGUCCGAUUCUUCUCAGAGCAGCGCCAGCGAGAUCAGAGAUCCAUUUCCUCCAGACUUUUCCACUCUGACGAGGGGAUCUCUUUACCUGACUCGGGAACACUCGUCCAGCGGAAGCUUGAGCUCGAGAAGCAGCUCUUCUUCGAAGGAAGCGAACGACGAUGUCUCUUUGCUCAAGGAUUUUCACGACCAGCUAGCACGAUGAUAAAAGAGGAUAGAAGAAUCGUUCGUAUAGACGCAAGUCGAUCGAGAGUUUCGUGUUGAUUUGUUUGGGACAAAUCCAAUAUCCCAGUGUAUAGAAAACCAUUGUACCAAUUAAAGAUAAAACGAGAGCUUAAUGUUAAAAGA